CCUCUUAAUGAUAUAAGACUUUGUUCUAGAUCUUAAUGAUUAAGACCUAUGUAGACCAAAUAAGUGUUUAGAUCUUAAUGUAAACAAAUGCACUUAAUGGCCUAAGGUCUGAACCAUUCAGACCCCCUUUAAAGCCUGAGUAUGUUCCUCCCCUGCUGCUGCCCCAACUGAGUGCUUUGAUGGUUUAGCAGCCUAUUCUGAAUACAGCCAAGAAGAGAAACAAGGUCUUCAAUCUCCCAGUCAUUCAGGUUCCUUGUAAGGGACAAGUCAUUGAAACUGGAAAACAACAAUUGUAGAAAAUUGUUUGGGAAAACAGAGAAUUUGAAUAAAAUGCAAAUUGUGGAUGGAUGAUUAAGACUACCUUUACAUUAGUUUACAUAUUGUCUCUGCUUGUAUAGUGGACAAGUUAAUUGUUCUGUUUGCAGCAUGAUUUUGUUUUAUUUGCAGCUUUCUCGGUUUCUUCACUGUCUCAGAACUCAUGGAUGAUUUGCAUGAUGUGCAAAUGCUUAACUCUUGAUGUUUGAAUUCUUGGUUGAUAUUCAUUCUCUAUGGCUAUCUGUGUCUUUUCAAGGACAGUUACAAGCUUUUGAUCUGGUAAUUGGUCUCCCUGUAGGUUCAUUUCCAGUUUCCUGAUUCGGAUUAUCUUGCACCAAACUUCACAAUGGUGUGUGUGGGAGAGGGGUUUUAAGAUAUCCAUAGCAGCAUUUGGAAUGAUUCGAAAGAUAUAUGCUACUCAAGCUAAAAGAUGUGCUGGUUACUAGGUUAUCAGCACACUCACAGUAAUACAAUUUCAUGGCACUAGAUAUAUGCAUUACUUUGGUAAAUAGAAUUGGAUGGGAAUGGAUUUAGUAUAGUUUUUCUCUUCUCCAUUUCUUUUAUUAUUCUCAUGUGAGUAACUGUUCAAGUAUUUGUAGUCAGUAGUCAUCUAAGUUUUUGUGUCGUAGCCAAGGAGACGGGUCAUUUGAAAAAAGAAUCAAGACCCAAUCUUGGGUCUGUUUUCCGGUUCAAGUUCUAAGAAAAAUAUUCAAAGUUUCCAUUUUUGAUUGAAUUCCGUCUAGUAAGCCUCGAGAUCUUCCAGAUGCUGUUGAGAAUUGUCAUUAACCAAUCAUGUAUCGGACGCACCAUCCCUUGAAGUAAGUAAAGGGCGCAAAGAUGCGGAUUUGACCCGCAUCCUCUUUCUUUUUCUUUAAAUAGAGAAAGUGGUGGCUAGAUUCGCGUUCCCUUUCUAGACUAUCAAGGAUUUCAAAGAUCUUUCAUACUGUGCCCAAUCCCGAAAUUGGUUCUAUACAUUUCUACCCUGGUACAAUUGUUCAUCUCGGAGUUUAUUCUUUUCCACUUAGAGAAGCUAUUUCUUCCCUUACAGUGGUAUCCUGAUCUAUAGUGUGACACCUAGGUAAAUCUCAUCUCGACAAAACACAAGAGAGAUGCUGGGUAGAUAAGGAAGUAACCUAGACCCUAGUGAUGCGAUUUAAAAUCUUGCAGGCCUAGGUCCAAACGGAUCACUAGUGGGCAGGCUGUUACGGAUGGUAUCAAAGCCACUCCACGUGCAACCCUAGGCGACAGUGGGGAACCUCAGCGUUCAUGGGAGUUUAGGUGCAUUUCAUAUCUUUAAGAUGAUGGUGCGCAAACCUCAGCGAGGAUGCUGAGUCCCUAAAUCCCACAUCGGCAAAACAUGGGAAAGAGAUGUUGGGUAUAUAAGGAUGCAAGCCUUACACCUUAGUGAUGCGUUUUAAACCUGUGCGAACCUAGGCAAGGUGGACAAUAUUACUAGCGGACAGGGCUGUUACAUAUAGGUGGAAGAAAAUUUGUGCUAUGGUCAUAUCCCCUCAAGCCAAGAGGAAACGGAAACACAAUGAAACAUAACAAAUCAGAAGAAUUGUGCUUGGAUAGAAAUUCUUGCUUCCAACACAAAUUCCCCAUUGAACGUGGUUAUUUUGGGUCAUAAGCUUGAACGGUGUCCCAGUUUUUGGAAAUGAGUUCCUUUUCUUUUUCCAUAUACUCUCCUAAACAUAGUGGUUACUACAUAUUUAGAGAUGUUAAAGCAAACAAGACCUAAUCUGAAUAUCACACUAAGAAUUCAUGUUCUUGCCACAGGCUGCGAAAAUCCUUGCUAAUUUAAUUGUCAUGGGCUCUACAAUAUUAGCGAGGUCUUUUGUUCAAGCAUAUCGUCAGGCACUGGCAAAUGCCUCUAAGAAUGGGGUUGCUCAAGAAGCAGUACAGAAUAUCAAAAGAGCUAGUAAAACGAUGACUGAAGCAGAGGCAAGGCGGAUUCUUGGUGUCACUGAGAAUUCAUCAUGGGAAGAAAUCGUGCAGAGAUAUGAUAAUUUGUUUGACCAAAACGCUAAAAUUGGAAGCUUUUACCUUCAGUCAAAGGUUCAUAGAGCUAAAGAGUGUUUGGAAGCAAUUCACCAACCUAAAGAACCAGAGGAAAAAUAAACAACUUUGUUCAGAAUGUUUAAUGUAUAGCUCUGCUGCAUAGUUGGUUUACCAACCUAUAGUCAGUUUGUAGGAUUUUGUGAAAAAACUAUAAAUUCUUUCUGGUGGAGGAAGCAUUUUUUUUUUUUCUAUAGUAACUCGAGGUUCCUAUUCAAGUUUCACCAGUGGUAUCUGGAAUAUACAAAAACAUUGUACAAUAGCUGUAUUUAUAAAAGGUUAACCACUUAUCUAACUGAUGUAAAGUGAAUGUCACUUUCCACCUUCAGUCUGGUAAAUAUUCGAGGAGAUGAUCGAUAUUGCAGGAGCAAUUUUGAUCUUGUUAGAGGGAAGUAUAAACUUUCAAGUGCGUGGAAGUUGGAACAAGUAUAUGUUGACUGUGUCUUGAAUUUUAGUGGACUGAAAAGGUGGGAAUCUAUAUUGCUAUCGAAGGUUGAAGACCAGUAAAGAAAAAACUCAGGAUCAGACAUAUUUGACAGUUCGCAAUCAGAGCUCAAUCGCUCACUGAUCGCAGAAGAAGAACUGCAAUGCUAUUGUGGUCAGAGCGCGGUUGUGGAAGAAGUCCUGCAGGUCACGUCAUGCCAGCGGGCAGCUUGGUUAGAGCGCGAUCACUUGACGUAAAUUUGAAUCCUGUUAUAUUUUUGUCUAUUUUCAAUGCCCAUUGAACAUGUAUGUUUGGGAAAUACUUGGAUAUUUAAAAAGAAUUGUAAUUGGGCAUAUCUUGUAUUGUUUGUUUCUUUGAUUUUGCAAAACUCUCUCUGCUUUUGCACGUAGGUUUGGUUGACUCUUGUUAAAUCUUUGUGCUGUUUUUUUUUUCUAUUUCUUUUGUAUAUGAUUGUAUGCUAGUUAAGCACUGGUAUUCUGCAAUAAAGUGCUUAUGUUACUUGGUU